GUACAAAACGAUUGUGUGUGAUGAACUUUUUUUCUUCUAUCAUUGCUUAUAACAUUCAGGCUAAUAAUUUGCCACUUGUAUAUCGUGUACGUGUAGCAACUCCAAAAGGAGUCAUCCAUUUGUCAAUUAUUUGCAAAAAAAAGUAAUAUUUUUCUAUCUGGCUUCACUUGCCCAGCCGAAAAGAAUGUGUUGAUUUUGUAAAUGAUUUGUCAAAAUCUCUGUGUAUUUGUAUCAACAUUGGAAACGACGCCAUAUUUAUUUCGCAUUCAGUGAGUUUUGGGAUACACACUGUGUGUACAAUUGAAUUUGGUUUGUGCACUAAAAAAGCCCUUAUAAGAUAGAAACACAAAGUUCAUACAUUAAAUUUGAGUGAUUUUUUUUUUGUGUACACAAACAACAUACAUAUUCUGAAUUUGCACGAGACAAACCCGAACAGUGAAAUUUUUACUGUACACAUCUUCAAUGAAUCGAGUGUGAAGAAAAAUAAAUUAUUGGUGCAUAUAUUUUUGUAGUGGUUUUCAUUUAUUUUAUUAAUUUUUUUUCUAUUGUAAAAUAAACACAAAAAAAUUUAAAUAUACAAAAUCAAAGGAAAAUUUUGCCAUCAAUUUUUUUGUCCUCUAUCCUGUGUGAAUAUAAUUUCAUUUGGACUCGCCAACAAAAAAGUGAUGAUUCGUUUUAUUGCAAGAGUUGUAACAGUGAAGGUAAAAAUAGUUCCUGAUUUUUAACUGAGUUGCCACUUAUUUCAAUCUUAAAUUGCUAAUGAGUGUGGCCAUUCAACUUUCUACCGUGCAAAUCUUCGAAACAUAAAAUAACCAGUCGACAGAAGCAGACAUGAGAUAAUUGAGCUGACAACACUUUUUUGGAGGGAUUUUUUAUUUUUUAUUUUAUAAAAAAUAUCUCAAAGCUGUGUUGAGUGCUGCGAAUAACGAAUUGAUCACAAUGCCAGCCGAUAUUUUUCGUCGAUUUGGAGAGAAUGACGAAAAUGAAAAUAUGGUCUCGAAUUUGCCGUUGCUGUUUGCCGGCGGUUAUCCAACGUCAUUGGACAAGAUCAACGAAUCACAGUUGGAAAAGUUCAUCCCAUUUAUGGUGCAGUGUUCAUUAGGCGAUAUUCAAUCACCCGUGUUGGACAGUAGCUGUGAGCCUGAAUGGUGGCCAGAAGAUGUAUCGUUCACCAUACCACUGCGAAAACCGGCCAAUUUCACUGACGACUGGCUCACCAAACUGAAGGAAAUUGUCGCAAUUUGCUAUCAAUUUCACAAGAGCGUUUUUCUGCUGCGAUUCUGUGAAAAUCUAUCCGCAUACACACCGGAAAGUUUGCGAUUCAUCAACAACUACAACUCGACGACAUCACUGUUUGAUCGAGUCAGCAACAAGCUACUGGUGACUUUUCGUAAUGAAAACAUGCAAUACGAUAAUACGCGCAUAAACAACAAAAAGACAUUGAUGCCUCGAAUGCAAAACUCACAAUCAGGGGAACCUCAACAAAUGGUCGAACAGUCAUUGUUUGAUAUUUAUCUAUGUGAUAAUUGCGAGGCUGAACUUUACUCUUUGGACGCAUACCAAGAACAUGAAAAGAUUUGUGCUAGCGAUAAUAUGGCAUCCGAAUCGGAUGACGAUGAUGUCAUAUUCUGCGGUGAAGAGGAACCAUCAACGCCCGAGGAUAAAUCAACGCAGCAAAAUAGUUUCCUACAACAUUUUCAACUGUGCAGCAACAUUCCAUUGGAUGAAAAGAAGCCGUUGAUCAAAGCGUUAUCACCGCACAAACGAACCUCACAAACCGCAUCGUCACUGGGCAGCAAUAAUAACAACAGCAUUUUUAGUAAUAAAAAUAGUUGUGUGUCGGUUGGGCUGGAUAUGGAUGCGAUGACAGAUAAAAAAGUGAAACCGAGAGUGCCGCGACGAGCACCGGGUGUAAUGGCAUUGCUAAAAAGUCAAAUACCAAUCACAUCACCGGCUGGACAGCGGCUUAUUGCUCAAUCAAAUACUCCCAUUACCGAUGACUAUAUUCGUGAACGCGUCGAACGAUACGAGCGAUUUUGUGCGGCACCACCACUCGCUCCAGACGGCAGUAAUCGACCAAAGUUUUUGGAUAAAAAACCCAUGACUUAUAACAUCAGCACGUUCCGAAGUAAUACAAAACAUUUUCAUUCCUAUAAAUUCCCACGGCGACAAUUAUCAACGAAAGCACGCAACGAAGCUGUUGCACAACUGGAACGGAUUCAAUUGCAACAGACCCGCUGCAAGCCACUGCAUAUUACGGUACAACGGCUGUCACACAAGGAAAUUGAGAAUCUUAAAACACAACAGAAGGUGAAACGACGAAAAAUCAGUUUUAAACCAGAGGAUGUGAUUGAUAUCAUUGAUUUGUGCUCAGAUGCGGAAUCGACGACCGAUUCUAUCGAUGAAACUAUCGAAGCAUCGGAGACGAGUAGUUCAUCGACAAGAGUCGGCCGACGAAUGCAUUACAUUCAACCACCAGCCCAUAAUACACUUCUGUUUGUUGAUUGUUCCGUACCUAACGACAGCUUUGCACACAGCGGCGUUGAAAAUAUCAUCGAUCCACGGUUACAACUGAACACAACACGAUCACCAUACGAUUCCGCAGCGAAUUUAUUAGAUAGAAAACCGAUACUACGUACAAAACUGUACACAGCGACACAUCGAUCCGUUGACUUCCAGCAAAUCCAACAGGAUAAAGAGAAUCGAAUCUUUUCGUAUCUCAGCAAUCAGUCGAAUAAUCCGGGAUCGGCUGCAUUCAUCUAUGCUGAAGACGAUUUGAAUAUGAACAUCGACUCAUCGAUUGUGCCUGCCUCACUAUCAUCCAGCAAUCUGAUUUCCAUCGAUCUAACACUGUGAUAAGAUCGAUGAAUGCCAAAUUACAACACGGAUUCCGUGCAUACAGCACGCAAGUCAUUCAACUUCUCCAAGUUGACUCAUUCCACAACCGCAAUGCAACCCAUUCACACACACACUCACACUAACCCGCACGCAGGAAUUUCAAUACCACUGCGAUAGCCAGGUCCAAUAAUACGUUAUGUCAGUAUACGUGUAUCAAGUGUACAAGUUAAUUUGUUUGUUGUUAAUAUGAUAUGUACAUUAAAAUGAUCCUAUCACACACAAACAAACAAACAAAACAAAAAACAUUAAUAUUUUCUGUAUAAGAUUUAGCCGCGACCUAUCCCAAGCACCCUAGAUUAUGUAUGGUUAAAAAUUACGAUAUAGUUAGGCUAGACGCUAAAACCGAAUCAUAAGACUAGCUCAAAACAAAUAUAAUUUAAUGAAAAAGAAAAAAAACGCUAUUUUAAGCAUUAGGAGUAUAUUUCUCUUUCUUUCAUUUUUCACACAUCAACUCGACAAAUUCAGAUUUAAUCGAUUUAGUACAGAUUGUUUUCUUUUUUUUUACAUUUUUGAAUCGAUUAUUUUGUAUAAUAAGGCAGAAUAUCAAAAAUCGGUAUAAAUUUUAUUUAUCGAUUUGAUUUACUAUAAAAUCAGUUAAAAAACAAUUUCCGAAUUGAAUUAUCGAGUUUCGAUAUUUUGAAACAAAAAACACAAUUUUUGUUUUGAACAUUUUGAUGUUUUUCACUACAUCUGCCGAUUCUAAAUGGACAUCAAAAGAUGUUCUCAAUGUAAAAUUAACACUCUGUUGUCAUUGAAUAAUGAAUUUUGAUUCGAAAAAUCAAUUAGAUUUAUUUCGAUUUUUAUUUUCAAUAAAACCAAAAGCUUUAUUUUCUCGAAUAAGAACAAGAAACAAUCGAUAAAUCGAUCGAGUUAAAACUGUAAAUUAGCAUUCAUUUUCAAAUUCAUUCUCUUUCGUUGUUAUUUGUUAGAUUUUGAGUUUUUUUUCCACCUUCCCCGGAAACAUUUCAUCUCAGAUUGAGUUUGUUUUGCGCUACUAGACUGAAAAUUCUAUCGGCUUUCUCGCGUUUGAAUCGAAACGGUUGAAGUAAAAACAGAAAAAAAAAAUAUAUAUAUCAAUUCAUUUUAGAAUUAGUUUAAAGCCUUUAAAUAAAAAAGAAAAUCAACCACUUAUUAUUUAACAAUUCAAUAUUACGUUGUUUGAUGAAUUCUUUCUAAUCAUACAAUUUUAAUUUAAAAACAACAAGUUAUUUGUAAUAAAAUUGUGAAAAUUCAAAAAAAAAAUCGACUUAUUCAAGUAUAAAUAUUGAAAUACAAUAAACAAAUCUUGAAAUGGAAA